AUGUCUAGCAUCACAGCAUCCUCUCCUUCGACUAUGAGACAAGAAGAGUCCAAACAUCCAAGAGGUAUAAAUAUGCAUCGUAAUCAUUCCAGCGCUGGUAAUGAUUCCAGUUAUUUGCCGAAAAAGAGGUCCGUUUCAUCAACUUUCAUUCGUUUGUUUAAGAGAGAACCUAAACCGACAACUGAAAAGCCUGUAAAUGAAGAAUAUCUAAAAUAUAAAGAGAAACGUUCGCGUGGAGAUAUUAGUCCUGAUAUACCAUCGUCAUCGUUCUUAGAUCAGGAUAGCAUUCAAAGUAAUACAUUACCAUUUAAGAAGAAGAAUAACAGUGAUAUGACAAGGGAUAAUAAAAACUCUAUCAUAUUGUAUGAAUCGGAAGAUAAUUCAAGACCUCCUGUGUUACCAUUAUUGCCUAUACAAAGAUUGCGUUUAUUAAGACAAAAACAAGCAAUGAGAUUUCAAUUGGAAAAGAAACAAUUAGAAUCAAUGAAAAAUAUUAAAUCGAGAUUAAUCUCAAAUGGGAAAGCUCAGGAUCAAUACGUAGAUGAUGAAGCUACCAAUACUUCUAAUAACAAUAAUAAUAUCGAUGAUACCGUGAUCUAUCAUAAAUCGUUUACUCCUUCCCCCGUAAAGAAUAUUCCAACAAAACAAAAUAAUAUUUCAAAGAUUAUAUCAUCUAAGGAAUUACCACCAAUUUCAUUGAAAACUAUUCAAAAUAAAAAGAAUUAUAAGAAAAGGCAAAGGAAACAUGUAGGUUCUUUAUGGUCAGCAGCAUUUGAAUAUGAUAUCUCAGAAAAUGCCGAGCCUAUAGAAGACAUCACUAAACCAGUAACAAUUGAUGAUGAUAACAACAAAAAGAAUGUCGACAAGUUAAUCACUGAAAUUCCGUCAAGCUCGUUGUUUAAUUCAAACAAUAAACUGGGAGAUAGUACAAAGAUUCCAUUAUCCUCCACACAAAGAGAUCUACUACAAAAUGGUGUCCAAUUACCAAAGAAUAAAGCUACUACAAAUAUGAUUUCAUCACCAUCAUCAUCACUGUCAUUAUCAUUGAAUGGAGGUAUUUCUUUGAAGAAAAUGCCAAUACAAGUUGCAUCUAAUGAAACUGCAAAGAACGACAUUGAAAAGAAAAAUUCUACUGUGUUAUUACCUACUGUAGGUUUUGAUUUUAUCAAAAAUAAUGACACUCCUUCUAAGAAAUCACCUGUAGGAAAAUCAAUAGGUAUUAAAAUUGAUAAUAAACCUGAAGAUUCAACUAAAAAACCACUCUUUUCAUUUAAUGCUCAAUCUAAUGCAUCCACAAACAAGAUUAAUUCUAAGGAUAAUAAUUUACCCAAAUUGUCUUUCAAUUUGCCAAAGACUACUACAUUUUCUCAGCCCUCAAUUAGUAAACCUUUAUCAUUUGGCUUAAAUAAGCCUAUUAUUGCAACUUCUAGCGGUAACGAUGAAGAUGAAGAACCAAGAAGGAAAAGACGUACACAAAAUGAUAUAUCAAUCGAUCUUACCAAAGGUACUGACAAUCCUGUAUUUUCAUUUGGAAACUCCAUUACAAAAGAUACUACUACUAAAGAGACAACACCAACUGACAAAAUUUUCCCUCCCCAAUCUACUUUUUCAUUCAGUGCAUCAAAGGUAGAAGAAGAGGAUACGAAGAAGGUGGAGAUUAACAUCGAUAAAACACCAAGUUUCUCUUUUGGUGCUAAACCAGUCACAGACGCAAAGGAUAAACCAAGUUUUUCCUUCGGAGUCAAAAGUACAACGGAAACUAGUAAUAAACCAUCACUUUCAUUUGGUACAUCAGUUCCAAAACAUGUUGAAGCAGUCUCAUCAAUUGGAAAAACUGCACCUACAUUUUCUUUCGGUAAUGUAUCGAAAGUUGACGAUACUAAUAAAACGACAGAUAAACCAACUUUACCAAGUUUCACAUUUGGUUCAAACAAAAGGAGAAGCUCAGAAAUAGCUAAUAUAUCAUCUGUUCCAAGUACUACCGAAACGAUUGCAUCAGUAAAAAAAAUAAGUACAGCCCCUUCAUUUAAUUUAGGUGCCAAGCCAGCUGUAACGGAAACGACACCUGAUAACAACGUUAUCAAACCAUCAUUUACAUUCGGUGCACCUUCUGGGGGAUCGGCAGCUGGGACGUCGAAUGAGGAUACUGUUCAAAAGCCCUCAUUCAGUUUUAUGAAACCAGCUUCUAACUUAAAAAGUGCUGAUGCUUCUGUAAAACCAACGGCACUAAGUUUCAAUUUUGGCGCUCAAAAUGGAAAUGUUGCGAUUUCUGAACCGAAAACAACACCGUUGUUUGGUGCUAGUAACACUGCAUCAACUGAACCUGGUGCUGCUAAGAGUAACCCUUCAUUCACAUUUGGUAAGAAGCCUGAAGAAAUUAAAGGUACAACACCUUCUGUACCCUCCACUAGUGGUUUUUCAUUCCAGAGAGCACCACCUACACUUCAAACAACAGCUACAAAUCCAUUGAUGGGAAACAGCAAUGUGAAUACUGGUAGUGCGUCAACCUUAUUCGCACCUCCUAGCAAUUUCAACUUUAACCAAAAUGCAGGUAACUCUCUGUUGGAUAGUAAGACGAUACAGCCUAAUAAUGGUACCCCUGCUUUCAACAUUGGUAUGAACAGCAACAAUAACCAAAGUAAUGCAGGAGGUUCAGUGUUCCAAACUAAUAACAUGGGAAAUAACUCCUCAUUCAAUUUUGGUGCCCAAAAUCAAAUGUCUAAUAACACAUUUCAGCCUCCAUCUCAACCUUCCUUUAAUCCUUCAACUACUGCUAAUUUUAACUUCGGUUCUGCUGGAGGUAAUCCAGCUGCGAUUUUUAAUUCGUCUGGAUCAUCUAUACAACCUCAGCAGAUAUUUGGUGGAUCUUCAAAUGGUAAUGUUAUGGAUAAUGGCAACAAGAGCGCUGAUGGUGGUGCCCCUCUUUCUGCGCAUUCAAUAAGAAGACCAUUGGCAAGAAUGAGAGCACCAAGAAGGUAA